AGGCUUCUGGGGCCCUGAAGGAAACGGGGUCUUUCUCCAAACCUGUCUGUUUCACAUUACUCGGCACUAAAACGUGUGUUCAGAAAGCUAACGGUUAGGAUUUGAUGUUCCUAGCACGCUCCCUGGGUAAGAUGUCGGGUCAGACGGCCUCCAUGGUGAGGCUGGAGCAGAGGGCAGCCGAGGCCGAUCAGAUCAUAGAGUUCCUCAAACAGCAGGUCCUGCUGCUCAAGGAGAAAGCCAUAGUUCAGGCCUCUGUCAGGGAGGAGAAGAAGCUGAUGGUAGAGAACGCCAGGCUGAAGAAAGACAUUGAGGAGCUGAAGAAUAAGCUGCUGGAGAAGGAGAAGAGCAGAGGAGUCCGAGAAGUUCCCAUCCCUGCAGGAGACGCCAUCGUGCAGUGUACCUCCAAGCCCUCCGCCCCACCCCAACCGUCACCCUCUGGGGUGUCAGCCGCCUCCCCCACGAGCCCCCCUCCCAAGGACAACGAGGGAAAGAAGAAGAAAGCAGAGAAAAAGGGAGGAGAGAAACAGAAGGCAGGAGGGCCGCUUCAGGAAGAAGCCAAGGUGGACGUGUCGCGUCUGGACCUGCGCGUCGGACGCAUCGUCACGGCGGAGAAGCACCCAGACGCCGACUCGCUGUACGUGGAGCAGGUGGACGUGGGGGAAGCUGCCCCCAGGACAGUGGUCAGCGGGCUGGUCAAACACAUCCCCAUCGACCAGAUGCAGAACAGGCUGGCUGUGUUGCUAUGCAACCUGAAGCCUGCUAAGAUGCGUGGUGUGGUGUCCCAGGCCAUGGUCAUGUGUGCCAGCAGCCCAGACAAGGUGGAGAUCCUGGAUCCACCAGCUGGGGCGCUGCCCGGAGACAGGGUCACCUUCCAGAACUUCCCAGGUGACCCCGACAAGGAGCUGAACCCCAAGAAGAAGGUGUGGGAGCAGGUGCAGCCAGACCUGAAGACCGACGCAGAGUGCGUGGCCACAUACAGGGGCUCCCCCUUCCAGGUGGCCGGGAAGGGCGUCUGCAAAGCCCAGACCAUGAGCAACAGCGGCAUCAAAUAGAGGGAGGGAGGGAUGGAGAGAUUGAUAUAUGUGGAGGGAAGGAGAGGGAGGGAAGCAUGCAGCCCUGCUCCAGACUGGAGGGGGGGGGGGGGGGGGGGUUUGAACCCUUGAAGAACUUGAGGUGUGUUUUAUAUAUCUCUCUGUUUUGCACUUCUGGGACUGAUCAGUCAGGGCUGUCUCUUGGAUGGUAACUUAAACCAAACGCACGUCGAGUAUUCAACACGUACCUGACCUUGGUAUGUCGUUCUUUCGCUGAUGAAACUUGACAGGUUGUCAGUGAGGAAGAGGAGGAUGGUGAUGAAGGUCUAAUAAAAGGAGUUUUGGAAAGAAA